CAUUCAAGCUUGUUUGUUUGUUUUGUGUAAAAAAUCAUCUUUUGUUGUUUGUUGUCUAGUUUUUAUUAGAACUGAAAAUGUCUUGCUGUGGUGGUAACUGUGGAUGUGGAAGCAGCUGCAAAUGCGGCAGUGGCUGUGGAGGCUGCAAGAUGUACCCAGACAUGAGCUACACAGAGCAAACAACAAGUGAGACUCUUGUUAUGGGAGUUGCAUCUGGUAAGACUCAAUUUGAAGGUGCUGAAAUGGGUUUUGGAGCUGAGAAUGAUGGCUGCAAGUGUGGAUCAAACUGCACCUGCAACCCUUGCACCUGCAAAUGAAGUGGAUAAUGAAAUCUUCAAGCAAAGAUGGUCCUUAAUUAUCUCAUUAGUGGCAGGAUUAAUAAUAACAACAAUAUAGCUUAUGGUUAUUAUAUAUUGAGUUAUGUGUUAUGUGUACUUCUGGUGUUUGGUUUAAAAUCUAAACACCCUUUUGGAGUAUUAGAAUAAAGUUGCAAUGUUCUGUUUACCCUUUGAGCGAAUUCUAUUGUCUUGGAUUUGUGAUGAUGGGUGUAUUUUAGUUUUAAUCAUGGUUUCAUUGUUUGUUUAUGUUUUUGUUGCUUUUGUAUAAAGUUCGGCUAAUCUGAACCAUCAAUAUCUGCUUAUUAAUGAAAUAAAGGGAAAUGACAAUUCAAGUAA